GGAACAAGACAUUCGAAUGCACAUGACUGACGCGAAUUAUUCUGUAGAUGGAUGCAAUUCUUUUUCCAUGUACUCUUGAACAUUCAAGUUCUUCCGGAAGUUGUGUCAUACAUUUCUAACAUUAAAUCUUUCUAUAUGCUCUUCAACACCACCCUACUUCCUAACAAAUGAUGCGGGAAACCCUCGGGUAUAAUGUUAACUCUACCAUGUCUAAAAUGGUCCCAUGAGGUUGUCAUGACAUCUUUGUCACUGUCACCCUGUUAUUCAUCCUCCUAGUCGUGCUGUCGUUGUGUGUGCUCGACCAACCACCAACGAUUUUGUCAGAUGAUAAUUGGUGCCUUCACCAUGGUCUUCUGAAGCACGUGGAGGUAAAACUAAUUUCCUUUAUGAGUGUCCAAGUCGACCUGGAAACAGUUAAUCCUCAGUCAACUGUUAGUAGCCCUUGGAUCAAAAUUUUCCUUUUCUUUUCCAAUUGCACGAAUCGGACGUUUUGACCGAACAUUGUGAGUGUUCAGUCGCCUUAGGAAUAGUAAAACCCUUUUGAAAAAUGACGUUUGGAUUCAUACCGCGCGCCGUGGUUUGACCAGCUGAGUUCACACCAACGACGCCGCUCUUACGUGGACAGCUGAAAUGUCAACUCCAAGGUACUGUCAACUCGAACCAGAAUUCAAAGCUUUGCAUUUUUCAGUCGCCCCUUUCAUUAUCAAUCUGACGUGAGUGCUGGAUCCGGUCACCAAUUUGUUAAGAAAUUAACACUAACCCUUUGUUGCUUGUGAAGACCAAGCAUCGAUCCAGACUUUGCACUUUAACUAACAGCAUGUCAGCAUCAGCACCAGAAGUACUGAACAAGCUACGAUUAGUACAUUCUCCUUGCCAGAGCACGUACUGCAGAAGACUGCGGCCUGAUCGAUCCAUGGAUUGGCCAGCUCUCACCUGCUACACUGCGGCCCUGAUCAUUCUCUUCCUGCCGUUGCGGGCGUCCGACGAUCGGCUUGUCCCAGGCGAGCGGCUCUUCCCUGGCACCACCAUCAUCUCCGAUGACGGUACCUUUGCCUUGGGCUUCUUCAGCCCCUCCAACUCAACUCCGGCCAGCCUGUACUUGGGCAUAUGGUACAACGGCAUACCGGAGCUCACUUUUGUGUGGGUCGCCAACAGGGAGACGUCGGUCACCAACAGCACUUCCUCUGUGCCGACACUCUCCCUCACCAACACCUCCAACCUCGUUCUCUCUGAUGGUAGCAGCGGCCGUGUCGUUUGGACGACUGAUGUGGCCGAUGCCUCGAGCUCCGUUGCAGCAGCAGCGGUGCUUGAGAACACCGGCAACCUCGUCGUCCGGUCACUGAAUGGCACCAUGCUGUGGCAGAGCUUCGACCACCUCACCGACACGUUCCUUCCUGAAAUGAAGAUACGGAUCAGCUAUGCCACGCGCGGCACCGGCAUCCGCCUGGUGUCCUGGAAGGGGCCCGACGACCCAUCAUCGGGGAGCUUCUCCUACGGAGGCGACCCGGACACGCUCCUCCAGUUAUUCCUCUGGGAUGGGGCGCGCCCGGUGGCCCGCAGAGGGCCAUGGACGGGGUACCUGGUGAAAGGCGAGCACCGAUACCAGCAGGUUAACGGCAGCUUGGCCGUCAUCAUCUACAUGGCCAUCGUCGACAACGAGGAGGAGAUCUACACCACUUACACCGUAUCUGCUGGCGCCCCACGCACCAGGUAUGUGGUGACAUACACUGGAGAUUAUCAGCUCCAGAGCUGGAGUAGCAGCUCCUCCUCAUGGAUUAUCCUCGACAAAUGGCCGUCCACUGAAUGCAACCGGUAUGGAUUUUGUGGUCCGUACGGCUACUGUGACCAGACAGCGACGCCCAUGCCAUUGUGCAAAUGCCUUGAUGGCUUUGAGCCAGCAAGCACAGAUGAGUGGGCAGCUGGUAGGUUCUCGGCAGGGUGCCGGCGAAAGAAGGCACUGCACGGAUGCGGUGACGGCUUCUUGGCCUUGGAAGAGAUGAAGGCACCAGAUAGGUUCACAAUUUCGGGCAGGAACAUGAGCACAUUGGAGGAGUGUGCAUCGGAGUGCAGUCGCAACUGCUCCUGCGUGGCAUAUGCAUUCGUCAACCUAGGCAAUGGCAGGUCCGGAGGAGAUGUGACGCGAUGCUUAUUGUGGGCGGGGGAGUUGAUUGACACAGCAAAGUUUGGCCAAGGGCUUGGCAGCGUCACGCUAUAUCUCCGGCUUGCAGGCUUAGAUGUAGCAGCUGGUAAAAGGAGAAAGAGUACUGCAUCAAUGAUUAUACUGGCAAUUUUGGGAACCGGAGUUGUGGUAUUCCUAUGCAUUUUCGUGGCAUGGCUAAAAUUCAAAGGCAAGAACAGAAAAUGGAGAAAACACAAGAAGCCUACAUUUGAUGGUAUAAGUACCUCUUAUGAACCAGGGGAAGGAGGCCUUCCGCAUGAUCAUGAAUUUCCAUUUGUAAGUUUCGAGGAAAUUUCUCUAGCAACAAACAAUUUCUCCGAGACAUGUAUGAUUGGACAGGGAGGAUUUGGCAAGGUCUACAAGGGAUUAUUAGGUGGGCAAGAAGUUGCUGUCAAGAGGCUAAGUAGUGAUUCUCAACAAGGAACAAAGGAAUUCAGGAAUGAAGUAAUUUUAAUUGCCAAAUUGCAACACAGAAACUUGGUUCGACUUCUCGGAUGUUGUGGGGAGGGAGAUGAAAAGUUGCUGAUCUAUGAGUAUCUUCCUAACAAAAGCUUAGAUGCUACCCUUUUUGAUGAUUCAAGGAGAAUGAUGUUGGAUUGGACAUCACGGUUUAAUAUAAUCAAAGGGGUCGCUAGGGGACUUUUGUAUCUCCACCAAGAUUCAAGACUAACUAUAAUUCAUAGGGAUCUCAAAGCCGGAAAUGUUUUGCUAGAUGUGGAGAUGAAACCGAAGAUAGCAGACUUCGGUAUGGCGAGGAUCUUUGGCAAUAACCAACAAGAUGCAAGCACCCAACGUGUUGUGGGAACAUAUGGAUACAUGGCCCCAGAAUAUGCAAUGGAAGGUGUCUUCUCCACCAAGUCUGAUGUCUACAGCUUUGGUGUGCUAGUACUUGAGGUCGUGACUGGUAUAAAAAGAAGCUCCAAUAGUCACAUCAUGGGCUUCCCUAGCCUCAUUGUGUACUCAUGGAAUAUGUGGAUGGAAGGAAAGACGGAGGAACUGGUCGACUCAUAUGCCAUGGAUACUUGUUCACUGGAUGAAGUUUUGAUUUGCAUCCAUGUAGCACUCCUGUGUGUCCAGGAUAAUCCAGAUGACAGGCCACUCAUGUCGUCCGUUGUGUUCAUCCUAGAGAACGGAAGCAACACACUUCCAUUCCCCACUUGCCCUGCCUACUUUACACGUCGACAUGCAGAAAUGGAGCAAAUUAGAGAUGAUAUCCAGAACUCCGGGACCAGUUUUACUCUCACUGAGAUUGAGGGGAGAUGAAAUAACUAUAAUUUUAUUUAGACAUGUUGCAGCGCCUUUCCAAGAAAAACAUCUUCCAAUUGUUUUCCGGAUGGUCAAGCUUCAGCUGUUUGGAAGUCAUCAUCUUCAAAAAAAUAUUGUAUUUCAUUUUGUUGCCUUGUUUAUAUGGAAAGAAAAUAAAAAUACUUAGAUAAUAUCAUGAACUUUCAAACUGACAACAUAACAGCAAAAGGACUCAAUGGAUUAAUUAGGUAGGGAGUUGCUUUCACUGACAACAUAAUAUCAUGAACUUUCAAACUGACAACAUAACAUUAGAAUGCACAUUUGUGUUUACCUUGAAGAGAGAAACCCACGUACUUGUUCAUUCGGCCCACUGGUGACAGGUCUGCUCGUCAAAUCCUGGAAGUUGGAUGUGGUUUCUAAUCUUCUAUCCAUCUUUUCCGCACGAGGGCGCCAUUGCUGCACUGGGGAAGUUCAUAAAGGAGCAACAUCGCAAUCGAAAUUGAUUAAUGUCGGCAUUUUCAGGCUGCAACGCACGACUAUGCGCAUGAGCACAAGGGGUUGUGCGGUUAGUGCCUUCACUGAUGUUUAUUGUACAAUAUUGAUCUGCAUAUUUUUUUAGGUCGAUCUCUAUACUACUAAAUUUCUUUUCUACUCCCUCCGUCCUAUAAUAUAAGAGCAUUUUUGACACUACACUAGUGUAAAAAACGCUCUUAUAUUAUGAGACGGAGGGAGUAUAAUACAUACUACAAACUAACUUGAUUUAUAUGGAAUUACCACAUGAGCGGCAAUUUUAUUUAAUCCUCGCUAAUUUGUAUGUAGCAUGAUGCACUGGUGCUUGAAUUCAGAUUUAUUUUAUCAUAAAUUUUGUGUGUGUGAUGAUGAAGCAAAAUAUAGUUUGUACUUUUGACGACCGAGUUGUUUAAGCUAAAUCAAUGAACAACUAUGGACGAAAUAGCACCAAUCCUAAUUCAACAAAUGAGCACUCCUCAGCAAAAAAAAGAAGUUUAGGACAACAAUAUAUUUGUUCUGUCUUUUUUUUUCUCCAUGUCGUCUCUUCGCCCCACCCCCACCCCACCCUCCAAUGUCUAAAUCGUGGCUCCGCCCCUGAACCACCGGUCUGGUGGUCCAUGUGUCUUCUUUUUGUAGAUUAUUGUUUCAUCGGGAGGUGGCAUAAUACGUCUUUGGUGAUUCUGUUAACAUUCACUUUUCAUGACUCUAAUCUUCCGUAAGCAUGCUAGAACGACGGGGUUGGACAAAGUUAGAGCGUGAUAUUUAGUGUAUGACAAGCAUUUUAGUGAUGUGAAUCUGCAGUUUCUGGGCUGAUUUGACGAAGUAAGCAUUAGGCAGAAAGGAGCCCACAUUUCCAUCCUAGUCAGCAGUGGGACAGAUCGAAUAUGCAGAAGUGAACUAGCCACCCAGCCAGGUAUCCACAGCAUGAUAGAUGGAAGAGGAAUGAACGGAGGAGGGAGAAAGAUUUCUGUGGGAUUUGGGGAUUUCACCGGCGCGGGACGUUUUUAUUUACCUGAAGAGCAUUAUGAUUAGCUGCCUGUUCCCCUAAAAAAAGAUUAGCUGUCUAUUUGUUUUUGUAAUGUUUCACGACUG